AAAAAAAAAAAAAAAAAAAAAAAAAUUUUCCUUUUAAGGACACGUCCCACAUCUAAAAAUAAUCCAGUAAAAGCAAAAUAGAAAUACUAUUUAAAGAUGAUAGUAAUGUUAAUCAUAAUGUAGAUAUUUCGAUUAGAAAUAUAAUUAAUAUCAUUAUUAAUAAUAUUGGUAAUAACAACGGUACUACUAAUAAAAGCAUCAAUACUGCUGCUACUACUGAUAAAGAUACAAAUAACUCUAGCAGUAACAGUAGGAAUAAUGAUGGUGACGGGAAUGAUAAUUAUAAUUAUGGUAACAAAAUGUUAGUGAUAAUGAAAAUAAUGACAAUGAUAAUAAUAAUAAUAACAAAAAUAUGUUGAGAAAAGAAAGAAAGAUACGUCUCAUUAUACGAAGUAUAUACUUACAGGAUGCAGCCAAUACUACCUUCUCGGUCUCGCCUUCGAUCUGCACGACUCGCCCACCAAGCUGCUCUGGCGGCCGGGCGAACGCGCCGCGAGCUUGGACAUGACUUUAAGGCCAACUGGAGUUAGAAAGGCUGUAUUUCCACUCUUUAGGAAGGCAGAUUCACAGCUUCAGUAUGACAUGACAUUUCAGCGUUUGUCUGGUGAUGCCUCCUGUGUGGUGACGAGUGCCAGCCUCAAUGUGUCCAACACUUGCCAGGGGAAUCAAGCAGGAAUAACUGGCUUUGACAUUCAAAGCCUUGACGGCAACGGCUCUUGGACUCCAAGCUACUUUUCCUUCAACUGUGAGGAUGGCGGAGGUGAGACUUCCUUCCUUUUCCUAAGAUCCCAGGGAAAUUCGUCAUGCAAAAUACUCGCAAGAGUAAAAUAG